AUGACGAAAUGUUCGGUCGGUCUUCGUACUUUUCACUUACUGAAGGGUUUCUUCGGCUUUGGUAACGAUGUCGACCCCGAGGAACUGCGUAAUAACAAGGACAUCGAAAUCCACACCUGGAACGGCCCAAAUGACCCAGAGAAUCCGUUCAACUGGAGCCUCAAGUAUAAAUGGCUCCUAACGGUCACUGUUUGCUUCAUCUCCAUCUUAACUGGUCUCCCGGCAGGUACUUAUGGCUCUGGUAAUGACUGGAUGGAGGAGAAGUUCCAUGUGCAGAACUCUCCCUUCCCCAACCUCUACUGGGCAACAACGUCCUGGAACAUGGGCGCUGCCUUUUGGCCCCUGAUCUUUGUGCCUCUUACUGAGUCCUCUGGUCGUAUGCCAGGGUAUUUUGUGGCCUAUGUGAUUCUGGUCAUUUCGCUGUUCCCAUCAGCAUUUGCGAAGAACUUCGCUACGCUGGUUGUCACCCGUUUCUUUGGUGGAGGUGCCUCGUCGGUAUCUAUCAACAUUGUUGGAGGAAGUAUUAGUGACGUCUGGUUGGGUGAAAAGGCCCGCAGCUUACCCAUGUCGCUGUUCGGAUUCACUAGUGUUGUAGGCAUUGCUCUUGGUCCCUUCAUCGGGUCGGCCAUUGUGCAGAUUCCCAAGUCUGAUCCCUGGCGUUGGAUCUUCUACAUUCAGAUCAUCUACAAUGCCGCUCUGAUUCCCGUGUUUUACCUGAUUCUCACCGAAACCCGCCCGGAUGUGAUCUUGAAGAAACGGGCCCGAAAGAUCCGCAAGGAAACCGGUCGCCCUGUUUAUGCCCAAGCAGAGCUCAACAAAGUCAACACUUUGAAGUUACUACAGAUCUCCUUCCAACGUCCUACACGUAUGCUUACAACUGAGCCUGUUGUCAUUUUUUUCACCCUGUGGAUCAGUUUUGCCUGGGGAAUUCUGUAUCUCUUUUUCUCCAGUGUUGUCCAGACCUACAGCACCAACUACGGCUGGAGCGUCAUGGCCACCGGUCUAGUACAGCUCGCUAUCUCCGUGGGAGCCGUCAUAGGUACCGCCAUCAACCCUAUCCAAGACUGGAUCUACCUGGGUUCAGCCAAGCGCAACGCCGAAAAACCUGGAAAGCCUAUCCCUGAGGCUCGUCUCUAUACCGCUAUUCCCGGCAGCUUGCUCUUCGCAGGCGGCCUGUUCUGGUAUGGUUGGGCCAGUAUGCCCGAUGUGCAUUGGAUCGUUCCCACCAUCGGUAUCACGGCAGCCGGUAUCGGUAUCUACUCUAUCUACAUGGCCGUGGUCAACUAUCUCACCGAUGCCUACGAAAAAUAUGCUGCUUCGGCUCUGUCAGCUGCCUCACUGGGUCGUAACUCGUUCGGCGCCUUCUUGCCCCUGGCUUCGCCUCAGCUGUUCUCGAAUCUGGGCUUCGGAUGGGCUGGCUCGCUAUUGGGAUUCAUUGGUAUCGCGCUUUCGGUGGUCCCUGUUGUGCUGGUGCUUAAGGGGCCUGAUAUUCGUCGUCGUAGUCCGUUCAUGCGUGAGUCUAUGUGGACUCCUGAUGAGACAGAUGAGAUUGAUGAGAAGGAUGAGCCAACAGCGGAGAAAGUGCCUACAGCGGAGAUUCCUUGA